AUGCAAACAUAUUUUGCUCAUGGUUUCAUACCGACUGGUACAAGAGGUUUACUAUUAAGAGCAACAGUAUUGAAAUCCACCACUAACAAUGACACUUACAAUUACGGUAGUUUGGAUAAUAUUGAACUUGCAUUAGAAUAUUUUGAUAGUCCAUUUAAUCGUAAUAUUGCGACCAAUGGUGGUUUUGAACAAGGAAGUAAUCUUGGUUUAACUAAUACAUCACCGGGACCAGACGAUCGUGGUCAACGUUAUCUUUAUGGUGGCCAAGGAUCUACUGAAGCAGUAAUGAAUCAGAUGAUUUGUAUACCUUCCUUGUCACCAUAUAUCAUUAAUCAAACAUUGUCAUAUAAUUUCUCUGGUUGGCUUGGCGGAUAUGGCACUGAAGCGGAUAGUUCAAUGCUGAUGAUAAUGUUUGUUGACGCAAAUGAUAAUGCUAAUUACUCUGCUUUCAAAUAUCUAUCAGGUCCCAACGCAGCUGCGCGAAAUAAUAUCUCGUCAUUGCUGUUGAGCAGUGUGACGGGACGCGUACCUCUAGGCACAGUUUAUGUGGUUUUGAAAGUAUUUUCGAUACAACAGGUUGGCCCAUACGUCGAUGGUUAUGCAGACCAAAUUAGUUUUGUGCUUUCACAAGAACAAUAA